AAAGACACAUCCAGAAGGCAGGAUUAAGAGAAAUCUACAUUGUUCACCCCACUCUUCCUCUUAAAGAUCAACAGUUACCUUUUUCUCAGUUUCAUCAUUUUCCUCCUUUGAGGAAGAUUUCCCUACACAAUCCUGGUUUCCAAUAUGGGAAUGGAUUGAGGAGGUCAAUAAAAGUUAUAGUCACUCUGGGUUUGAGGUGAAUGACCAGAACAGAAUGAAAGGAAAAUUUUUUUAAUUCUUUCUAUAUCUGAUGCCUUUUUUUUUGGUCUAAAUUUUCAGGGUGUAGUCUCAAUUGUUUUAGUCAUUGUGCAACUACAAAGAUAAAGAUGUUUUCAUUACUUCCCUCUAAUUUGGCUGUCACCUCAGUUCCCUAAUAUGUGCCUCCUGGUUGGUACCUUUCUUGUCUUUCAAACCUCAAACAUUGAAAAAGGGUGGGACCACAUAGUGAGAAGAGAGCUUGAAGGCUCUGAGUCAUGUUCUUUGCUUUAAAGGAAAAAAAAAAGUUUAUUUAAAGGCAUACUGAUUUAUACAGGGCUGUGCAGACUUCAUUCAGUCAGAGGGCUUUUAAAUCUACUGAACACCAGAACCAAGAGAGAGAGGCAGAAUGAGCACUGCAGGAAAAGUGAUUAAGUGCAAAGCUGCUGUGUUGUGGGGCCCAAAGCAACCCUUUUCCAUUGAGGAAGUGGAAGUUGCCACACCAAAAGCUUAUGAAGUUCGAAUUAAGAUUAUAGCCACAGGAAUCUGUCGAACAGAUGAUCAUGCCAUCAAGGGAAUCCUGCUUGCUAAUUUUCCAGUUAUUUUGGGACAUGAAGGAGCUGGAAUUGUAGAGAGUAUUGGAGAAGGAGUAACUACAGUAAAACCAGGAGACAAGGUCAUCCCGCUCUGUCUCCCACAGUGUGGAAAGUGCUCUUCUUGCAUAAACCCCAAUGGCAACUUCUGUGUGAAGGCUGAUAUUACAGGUAGGGGAGUAUUGUCUGAUGGCACCUCCAGAUUUACCUGCAAAGGGAAGCCAGUGUAUCACUUCUCCAGCACCAGUACCUUCACUGAGUACACAGUGGUGGAGGAAAUUGCAGUUACUAAGAUUGAUGCUUCUGCUCCACUAGAGAAGGUCUGUUUGAUUGGCUGUGGAUUCUCCACUGGUUAUGGGGCUGCAAUGAAGACUGCCAAGGUCACCCCUGGAUCUACUUGUGUUGUCUUUGGGCUGGGAGGAGUUGGCCUCUCCGUUAUUAUUGGCUGUAAAGUCGCCGGUGCUACCCGGAUCAUUGGAGUUGACCUUAACAAAGAUAAAUUUGAGAAGGCCAAGGCUGUAGGAGCCACUGAGUGCAUCAGCCCUAAGGACUACACAAAGCCCAUCAGUGAAGUGCUGAAGGAAAUGACUGGCGAUUCUGUGGGGUACACCUUUGAGGCUGUUGGGCGCCUCGAAACCAUGACCGAUGCCCUGGCUUCCUGCCAUAUGAGCUAUGGGACCAGUGUGAUAGUAGGACUUCCACCAUCAGCUACAAUGUGCACUUAUGAUCCAAUGCUGCUAUUUACCGGACGCACCUGGAAAGGAAGUACUUUCGGAGGUUGGAAAAGCAAAGAUGACCUCCCCAAAAUAGUGACUGAUUUCUUAGCAAAGAAAUUUGACUUUGAUGAGUUAAUAACCCACGUUUUACCUUUUAAUGAAAUUGAAGAAGGAUUUAAUCUGCUCUACAAAGGAGAGAGCAUUCGAGCAGUUCUGGUGAUGUGAGCUCCUAAGAGGACAGGAGGUACAUGGGGAUCCUUCCCAGAUUCUUUCUGUGAGAUUUUGCUUUCAUAUAAUAACAAUAGAGCAUGUACACCUCUCUCCUAUGAGGCAAGCAUAAAACAAAAAUCAAGUUUGUUUGAAUAAGCAAGUCCCUUUCCCAAUAUAAAGGGUUAAAAUUUUCACUGACAUAAUUCACUUUAUCUGGAAUAUGUAAAGGUGCUGGUGCUUGCUAAUCUUAUCAGUUUUUUACUUUGAGGAAAAUGGGUUUUCCUUGACUAGAAUCUCAGGUGAAGGCAUAAGCUCUCAUUACUUUUAUCUAAUGUGAUAACUUUAAGUAGAAUUUCAAUAGCCUUUGUUCAAAAGAAGUAACAGUUCAAAGAAUUAUUGCUUCUUGAUUCUAACCUUAUACUGUACUUUUAGGGUACUGGGCAAGGCAUUGUGUGAUAUUCAAUGAUGCUAUAAUGUAAAGACUUUCCAAUAUAUAAGCCUCUCCCUGCCUUCUUCCUUCUUCACUCCCUUAAUGUUUCAAUAAAGAUGUAUAUUUUUAAAUACAAGUUUAGAAAAAAUUGAAU